GGCGCGCGCGCGCUCUCUCUUCCUCCGAAGCUCGCGCCAGCCCCAUGACUGCCGCGAAAACGGGAGCGCGCCUGGCUUGCCGCUGAGCCCAAGCCUGCCACUGGUGCCCUGUCUGCGAGCGUGUUGCUCUCUUCUCCAUCGCCAGCCAGCCAGGCAGGCAAGCAGGCGGGGCGGUGAGCGAGAGGCGAGCCGGAGCGCGGGCUGCCAUGCCCAGCUAGCCUUUCCCUUGCCUCGCACACCACCCUUGCGGCACUGCCUCCACUAAGGCUGCUCCUGCACGGCGCGCCCUCCUUGCCGGGCAGCGCGGGCUGGCUCGCUUCUCCUUCUCCGAAGGACCCCCGGCCCGCCAGUGCAAUAAACUUUUCGCUGCCGACAGAGCGACCAGCAGAGCGGCGGGUCUUGCCCCGGGGUCGCUCCAAGGAUGGAACAGGGCGCGUACGGAGCGGGCAAAGCCGGGGGCGCCUUUGACCCUCAGACCUUCAUCCGGCAACCUCACACGAUCCUCCGGAUGGUUUCUUGGCUCUUCUCCAUCGUUGUGUUUGGCGGCAUUGUGAACGAAGGCUACGUCAACCGGCCGGAUGAAAAGGAAGAGUACUGCAUCUUCAAUCGCAACCAGAACGCCUGCAACUAUGGCAUCACCGUGGGAGUCCUUGCCUUCCUCAGCUGCCUUCUUUACCUGGCGCUCGAUGUCUACUUCCCACAGAUCAGCAGCGUCAAGGACCGCAAGAAAGCUGUGCUCUCUGAUAUUGGUGUUUCUGGCUUGUGGGCCUUCCUCUGGUUUGUCAGCUUUUGUUUCCUGGCCGACCAAUGGCGUGUUUCAAAGAAAGAAAACAACCCAUUCAACGAAGGAGCAGAUGCCGCCCGAGCAGCCAUUACGUUCUCUCUCUUUUCCGUCUUCACCUGGGUGGGCCAGUCGUUCCUGGCAUUCCAGCGAUACCAGCUUGGCGCCGACUCAGCCCUCUUCUCCCAGGACUACACGGACCCGAGCCAGGAGGCUGGCAUGCCUUACGCUCCCUACACAAACGAGGAUGACACUAUAGAUAGCAUGGGGACGUACCAACAGGCCCCUUCGGCAGAUGCAUUUGAUGCUGAGGCACAGGGGUACCAAGCCCAGGACUACUGAGAGCCGGUGGAGCCCUCCCCCCUCCCUCCCCCUCUGCCCGCUCCCUUCUGCCACCAACAAGCCAAGGUGCAAAACAAGACACAGGUACACCAGAGUCAGAGGGGGCUCUUGGCCGCUCUCCAGCCUUCUAGGGUCUCUGUUUUUAUUUCUUGUUUUUUAAAAACAAACAAACAGGGUGGGUGGGGAGAAGCAACAGCCCUGACACCUCUUCCCCACUUCUGAAUCCGCCACCCAAACCAAAUUGUUGAUUGCAAAGUGUUUUACGGUCCAUUCUGCAGCGCAAUGUCGCCCUCUCUUUGUAGGAGAAGCUGCCGAGGGCAGGAAUUCACCCUUUUCUGUAGGGGUGGGGUGGGGUGGGGGAAGCACGGCUGCAGGGCAAGUGGGGGGGGGGGAGAAUGACUGGCUGAGGUAGUAUCCGAGGCUGACAUGUCUGUGUGUGAGCAGUGAGAAGAGAGAACAGGACUUAGACGGGUAGGCAGACCUGGGAGAGUGAGUGAGCAUGCAGGCAUGCAAGGGCGAGUGAUGUGUAAGCUUUGUGUGGUAUCAGUGGUAUCAAAUAGGACUGUGAUUUGCCCUUUACCUGAAAUUACAAAGAUUCACAUCCAUUCCUUGCCAGAGUUGACAGUAUUGAGCUACGAAAGGAUACUCGCUUCGCUAAAUUUCACAAACAUUUUGACCCCGAUAAGAGUGCUUGUUUUUUCUAACUGGCUAUGUAAGGCUUUUAUAACAAGCACGUAUUGUGCUUGGGUGCUCGCUCAGCUUGCAUUUUUGGAGAAGCCAUUGGGAGCCCCCAACUGCAGUCUGAGCCUGUGGCAGAGGUAUCAUGCGACUGCAUCGCUAAGAGCAAAGUGCAGGUCAAAGUUAAUCCCAGUUGAAAAAGUACAAAGUGGCUGUGAGCAUUUGUUUUGGGUAUGAGGCAGCUCUUUAUUCCUGGGAGAGGAAUAUAAUUCCCUACCCAUUCCAUGUCAAGCUAGCACAUGGUCUGAUGAACUGAGAUAAUUUGCUUUUUUUUUUUUUUUAAUGGAGGAAAAGUGUUGAGAACCUGCAAGGAGGUCUGCAAGGAAAUUUUUCCAGCACAACCAAAAUCCACAGGAACAUGUAGUUUUAAAGGAACAUGUAGUUUUAAAUGUUACUCCAGCUGUGUCUCAUUUAUGACUCAACACAGGGUUGGACUAGAGUGAAGUGGGAUCCCAAAUCCAGGGCAGAGGUGAUUACAUGGGAGAGAUUGCCAUAGGCUUACAUAGUGCGGAGCAAAGUUCAGUAGGGAAAAUAGCUACCUACAAUGGUUUGGAAGUUCUUGGCAAAAAGGCUUAGAUUAUUUGUAAUCUGGACACAUCAGAGCACUGGCAGAAAUGGUUCAAUGUGCCAAAAUUCCCGGAAAAUAUUAACCCAUCUUCACCGUGUUGUAAAUCAAGCUUCCAUUGAGCAAAAUUACUGUAGCUUUGUUGUAGCUCAUUAGAAAGCUCCCUGCUUCCAAAGCUGAUUUUUGCUCUUGGUUUAUAUGGAUUUUGUCCUUCUGUACAAAGUAUCGGGGAGAAUAAGCCACACCUACAACUUGAUCCAAUACACGUUUACUUGGAAAUAAGCCUCAGUCAAUUCAGGGAGGCUUACUUUUGAAAAAAUGUGUCUAUUGGAUUACAUCCUAAAAGUGUUUUUGCACAUACACAUAUAAUGAACUUCUAAAAAGAGGUGUAUCAGAACCUCCCUGCAGGCCACAUGUAAAGCAUCAGUUAACACAGGGCCAUGUUAAGAU